AUGGAGCCGCAUCCGCACUACGGGGACUUGGAGUACGACUACGACGAGGCGCCGCUGGGCAACUGGAGCAGCGCGGCCGUCGGGGCGCUGCAGUGCCGGUGGGAAGAGGCGGAGACGGAUUGGGAGGUGUCCUUCUCCCUGCUGCCCGUCCUCUACAUGCUGGUCUUCGUGCUGGGGCUGUCGGGCAACGGGCUGGUGAUCUUCACGGUGUGGAGCGGCCCGCGGGCCAAGCGCCGCUCGGCGGACACCUACAUCGGCAACCUGGCGCUGGCCGACCUGGCCUUCGUGGUGACGCUGCCCCUGUGGGCGGCCUACACGGCGCUGCGCUUCCACUGGCCCUUCGGCUCGGCCCUCUGCAAGCUGAGCAGCUACCUGGUGCUGCUCAACAUGUUCGCCUCGGCCUUCUGCCUGGGCUGCCUGAGCUUCGAGCGCUACCUGGCCAUCGUCCACGCCCUGCCCCGCUCCGCCGGCCGCCCGGCCUCCUCCCGGCCCCGCACCACCACGCUGCUCUCGCUGGCCGGCGUCUGGCUGCUGGCAGGCCUGCUCGCCCUGCCGGCCCUGCUGCUGCGCGACACGCGGCCCGCCGCCGCCCGCCGGCCGGACAACCUGACGGCCCUCGAGUGCGACAUGGACUUCAGCAGCGUGGCCUCCAGCCCGGCCGAGGAGGACCACUGGCUGGCGGCGCUGAGCCUGGCCACCACCGCGCUGGGCUUCGCGCUGCCGCUCCUGCUGAUGACGCUGUGCUACUGCUGCAUCGGCGCCACCGUCAGCCGCCACUUCCAGCAGCACGUGCGCAAGGAGGAGGGGCGCCAGCGGCGGCGCCUGCUCCGUAUCAUCGUCACCCUGGUGGCCGUCUUCGCCGCCUGCUGGCUGCCCUUCCACCUCCUCAAGAGCCUCUAUGUCCUCCACUGGGUGGGCCUCCUGCCCCUGCCCUGCGCCCUGCAGGAGCUCAUCCCCCGCCUGCACCCCUACGCCACCUGCCUGGCCUACGUCAACAGCUGCCUCAACCCCUUCCUCUACGCCUUCUUCGACAGCCGCUUCCGCGCCCAGUGCCUCCUCCUGCUCGGCCUGCGCAAGGCCCUGCGCGCCCAGGCCGGCUCCGUCUCCUCCACCCUCAGCGGCCAGACCCAGAAGUCCGAGGUGCCUUCCUUGGGCACCAAAGUCUAGCAGGGCCCGCCCUCCCCAGCGCCGCCAACAGGGAGGAGAGACAGAAGCGGGUGGGGUGGGGGGGACCCGCCGCCUUGCAGACUUGGGACUCGGACUGGCUUCCCCGCUGGCAGCGCUGCCUCGGUUUCUUCCUCCCAGCACUUGGACUGGUCUUCCUGGCCGAGCGGCGACCGAUGACGGUUCAGGGCUUUCGCCCUCCCGCCGCGCCGUCGGACUCGGGCUUUCUGGUGCUAUCCGGGUGACUCGGGCUCGGUUUCGCUCCACGACCCGCGGUUUCGGGCAGGUCCCUGCGGCGGGCGAUCCCCCCUCGUUUGUAAUCAAUAAACGGUGUUUGUUUUGACUGUUUCCUCAGGACAGAAAACCUGAA